AUGAAGUUCGGUGAACACCUCCGAUCGUCCAUGAUCAAGGAAUACUACUGGUACUACAUCGCCUAUGGAGACUUGAAAAAGGCCCUCAAAACCGACUUCGCCACCGCGCCCACCCAAGAGAAUCCCAAGCCCGACCGCAAGCCCUGGACCGAGGACGAUGAGAAGAACUUUGUUUCGCUGCUCGAGAGCGAGCUCGACAAGGUCUUCAACUUCCAGAAGAUUAAGAGUGAAGAAAUCGUUCGACGCAUCCAAGCCAGCGAAACCGAUGUGAAUGACAUUGUUUCGCGUCUCGAUAAUGCCUCAGCCACCUCUCGUCGCCAAAGCAUCCGGCCUUCCGCUCCUCCUCCCUCCGACGAGGAUUUCCUCGUGCUCGAACAGGUCCUCAGUGACAUCAUCGCCGACGUCCACGAUCUCGCCAAGUUCACCCAAUUGAACUACACCGGUUUUCAAAAAAUCAUUAAAAAACAUGAUAAACAAACCGGUUGGCAUCUUAAACCUGUCUUCGCUGCGCGCCUCAAUGCAAAACCUUUCUUCAAGGACAACUACGAUGCCUUUGUGGUAAAGCUCUCCAAACUUUAUGAUCUCGUCCGCACCAAAGGAAACCCUGUCAAGGGUGAUGCUUCUGCGGGAGGCUCCCAGCAGAACUUCGUCCGUCAGACCACCAAGUACUGGGUCCAUCCCGACAACAUCACCGAAUUGAAAUUGAUUAUCCUCAAGCACCUCCCUGUCCUCGUCUUUAACCCCAACAAAGAAUUCGAAGAAAAAGACACGGCCAUCUCUUCCAUCUACUUCGACAACACUGAUACCUGGGAGCUAUACCAAGGGCGGCUUAAGAAGACCGAAGGAGCGGAGGCCAUCCGACUUCGUUGGUAUGGUGGCAUGGAAAGCGAUCAAAUAUUCGUAGAACGCAAGACCCAUCGGGAAGACUGGACCGGAGAGAAAUCGGUGAAAGCCCGCUUCUCGCUGAAAGAGAAAAAUGUGAACGCUUACUUGUCCGGCCGGAUGACGGUCGAAAGCAUCUUCGAGAAGAUGCGCCGGGAAGGAAAGAAGAGUGAAGCGGAAAUCGACGACCUUGAGCAGCUUGCGCGGGAAAUACAAUACCGAGUGAUAUCUCGCAAGUUGGAACCGGUGACGCGGACAUUUUACCAUCGGACGGCCUUCCAACUCCCAGGGGACGCCCGCGUCCGCAUAUCCCUCGACACUGAGCUGACCAUGAUCCGGGAGGAUAAUCUUGAUGGACGUCGGAGAUCGGGGAGCAACUGGCGUCGAAUGGAUAUCGGCGUGGACUGGCCGUUCUCGAAGCUCCCUCCGGAAGACGUGGAGCGAUUCCCGUACGCAGUCCUGGAGGUCAAACUCCAGACCCAAGCGGGCCAGGAACCACCUAAAUGGAUUAGAGAACUCACCGCCAGUCACCUCGUGGAAGCUGUUCCCAAGUACAGCAAGUUUAUCCAUGGAACUGCGACCUUGUUUCCUGAUCGCAUCCAUCUUCUUCCCUUCUGGAUGCCGCAGAUGGACGUGGAUAUUCGCAAGCCCGCGACCCGUCGCUUCGGUAUCCAGCGUCCCUUGGCUAGUACGUCCAUGUCCGCCAACGAGACCCAGGAGGACGACGACUCGGAUGACGACGACACCAAUGAUGCCCAUGCCAGCAAUGGUCAGCCUCGCACUCAAGCGCCGGACGCGCUCGACCAGAAUGGUCUGUUUGAUGAGACAGACGGCAAUGCGCUAGAUAUUGAGGAACGCAUCGGUGCUCAGCCCCUACCCGGAGAUGAAGAUUAUCCCUUGUAUGAUUCCGAUCAGGAAACAGUCAGCUCUGACGAGCUGGAAGAGGCCCGCCGAGUGGGCGGAAUGCACUACUACCAUCAGCUGGCCAAAUACUAUGCUCACCGGACGGGCCAAGGACUCAUCCACGUCCUUCAAGCGCUCAUCCCUCGCCCCCGGCCGACCAGCUUACCGCCCCCUGAGCGCCGUGGCAUCACUGUUAUUGGUGACCAGCGGACUGUGAAGCGGUUUGCCGCUCCCAAGGGGAAACGCAUCCACGUCCCUGUUCGUGUGGAACCGAAGGUGUACUUUGCUGCCGAACGAACAUUCCUUUCGUGGCUGGAGUUCUCGAUCUUGCUGGGCACAAUUGCUGCAACGCUGCUCAACUUCGGCAACGACUACAUAACGUUUGCUUGUUCAUGGGCUUUUACGAUUCUCGCCGCUCUUACUCUUGUGUACAGUCUGAUGCUGUACGUCUGGCGCGUGGAUAAGAUCCGCAAACGUCGCGACGUUAAGCGAGUGUACUACGAAAAAUGGGGACCGACGGUCUUGGGCAUCGGCCUUGUGGUCAUUGUUUUGGUCAACUUUGGAUUGCGCGUACGGCAGGCCGGCUUCGCCACGCGCGACGGCCGAAUGCCUGGCCUGAACCGCGGCGCAGAUGGAGGAGAGCUAUGA